AUGUUGCCGAUGGCUAUGCAUCAAAAUCAUGAUCGAGUGAAGAGGAAGCAAAAAACAUCAACAACAUACAGAGUAAGUCGUCCAUCAUUGGAACAUAUGGAGGAAGGCUUAAAACCUGGUUCUCAUUAUGGCUCAUCAACAUUUUACGAGAAUGUUUCCGAUAUUGAAAGUGUUGCGGAAUCAAAACUUUCAAGCUGUUCAACUAUAGGAGUUCCUAAUCCGAAAACAUCUCGAGUUAGCACUCCAACCCGAAAAUUAAGCGUUACCAUCGAUCAUACUUAUACUAAUACCAAUCAUGGAACAAAAUCAGUUGAUAUGAGGCCUUUAUCAUCAGUUCCACCAAAAACUAAGCGAACUAGUUCAAAGCGAUCACGUUGUUAUUUGAUACUUGGAAUUGUAACGUUAGCUAUAUGCGGUAUAGCAUUUACAAUAUGGCUCACGUACGAUUCGCUUGAGAAAUUUGUUUCAUCAAUAAAUUUAUUUUAA